ACUUGGCAUAGCUUACAUUAUUACCUAUUUAUGGAACAUAACUAAACUUUACAAUAAUUAUAUUUAGUAGCUAAAAUAUAACAUAUUUACUUCCUAUACCUAUCACUUUUUACCACUCAUCUGAUAACUUCCCACACCCCUAAAUUUAAGCCAAAAAAAAGGUCCCUCUCUCCUAUCCCCCUAAAUACACGCCAUUAUGCCCAAUAUCCCUUAAUUUCCUCCAAUUUCAAAUCAGUUUUACAAUAGUUCAACUUCCUUGUUUAUCUCUAAUUAACUACUCAUUAAUUUCACUCAUAAUUCAAAUCUAAUUCCCAAAAAAGGUAAGAUUCUAUACUGAUUUUUACGUUUCACCGUGUAUUUAACCUAUAUUUUCGAUUUUUUUUUUCCAUUUGAAUCAGCAAUGCAACUCUAAAUAAUUAAUUAUCACUGUUUGUUCUUGGUUGUUUUUUGUUAGAUUCAAGUGAAAUGGCUAAGAAAGCUUCUACUCCGAUGAGAACUAGAGGCUCUUAUGCUGAGAAUCGUUCAAAAAAAAUUAACGAUCCUAGGCGUUCUGCUGAUUAUGUUGAUUCGAAGAGUAAACAACAAGAAAAAGUGAAAAAGGUUUCUCAAAUGGGGAAACAAAAUAAGAGAAAGGCUGGUAAUAAUGUUGCUAAUGUUAAGGGCAAAAAAAUUGCUAAAACCAAACAUAAUGUCGAUGAGGAUGAUGAUGGAGAGGUAUAUUUAUGUUGUAUUUUCAAUAUAUUUAGUUCGUUUGUAUUUUUUAGUUCAGUUAUUACAGAUCUGUGACUUAACCAGAGCUCUAUUUUAUGUGCAUUUUAAGUAUAUUUUGUAUUGUUA